AUUAACAAAUCACCAGAUCACAAAUCAUCGGCGAGAAACCCUAAGCCCCUUCCGCCCUACGCUCGAUUGCUUCCUCAAUUUUGUGGUUUCGGACCACGUAAUUUUGAUUCCGACGUCGAGUCAUGGGCGGCGAAUCGCGGUUCGAGAUCCAUCAGAAUGCCUACAUGAAGUUGGUUCUCCACGCUCUAAAGCACCGUACAUCAGCCGUCAACGCCGUCGUCAUUGGCCGGUCCGCUGGUGGAGGCGCGGCAGUUGAGAUAGUCGAAUCUGUGCCUCUCUUUCACUCCCAGAUCGGCCUUCUUCCUCCCCUCGAAAUUGCGCUUAUUAUGAUAGAGGAGUACUACGCAGAGAAAGGUUUGAGCAUCGUAGGUUACUAUCACGCUAAUGAGAGAUACGAUGAUUUCGAUCUAGCCACUGUUGCCAAGAAUAUUGGAGAUCACAUAACUCGGUAUUUUCCCCAGGCGGCCUUGCUAUUGUUGGACAAUCGAAAGCUUGAUUCUCUAUCUAAGGAAAAAGCUCGCAGCCCUGUGAUGCAGCUUUAUACAAAGGAUGCAUCCAGUAGUUGGAAGCUAGCUGGCUCGGAGGGAAGUAAUCCUCUUGUUCUCAAGGAACCGACGGCGAAUAUAUUGCUUUUGGAUUACAUCUCAUCUGGGAAAUGGAAGGAUAUAGUAGACUUUGACGACCAUCUAAAUGAUGUUAGCAAGGACUGGCUGAAUCCAGAACUUUUUAAAUAAGCAUCAGAUUGGGCUAAUCCAAAACUGAAAGAGGUUGAUUUUCACACUCAUCUCAGUUCCAAUCGGGGCCUUGUUAAAUCAUCUGGACUUACCAUGUUGGGGUAGUAAUUUUGUUUAAGCACUGUACGGUACUUCUUUAAUGGGGCUUGAAUUUCAUGACUUUUUAUCGAUUGGAUAAUGCAAAAGCUGAGUUCACUCUGCUUGAUCA